AUGUCUGAUUUUGAUCUGGUUCUGAAAUUCUGGGAUGCCAUUGAGGCUGACUACACUGCAAUCGGAGGGGAGGUUCUUACCCGUCUGUUCAAGGAUCACCCAGACACCCAGAAGCUGUUCCCAAAGUGUGCCAACAUCCCACCUAGUGAGGUGGCUGGCAAUGUAACAGUUGCCGCCCAUGGUGCCAUAGUGCUGAGGAAACUGGGAGAGCUGCUGAAGGCCAGGGGAGACCAUGCAUCCAUCCUCAAGCCUCUGGCCACAACCCAUGCCAACAUACACAAGAUCAGCCUCAAUAACUUCACGCUGCUCACUGAGGUCAUUGUGAAGGUUUUUGCAGAGAAGGCAGGCCUUGGAGCAGAUGGACAAGUUGCCCUGAGGAAUUUGAUGGGUGUGGUUGUAGCUGACAUAGGUGGCUUCUACAAGGAGCUUGGUUUCCAGGCAUGA